UGGACCGAGGAGGAGGAAAAGUACACAGGGAAAGAUACGAUUCAUCAAUGAGUUAGGUAGCUAGGUAACUAGGUGACCAUAGUUUUAGUAGCUAAUGACAACGAUCAAUUGAUCGACGACAAAAGACAAUGUUGUUCAUUAUUGAGUAUAAUAGGAUUAGCUAGCUAGUAGCUAACGUUAGCUAAUGUUAAUAGAUUGGCAAAGCUAGCUAGCAAGCUAACCGUCCGCUAACUAGCUAGCGUAGCUAGCGUAGCUAACUAGUUAGUUAACAUCGAACAAUAUCCUUUUAAAAAACCGGGGACGUUGAGGGGGGGGGGUGUUUAUUUCAAUAUUUCACCCCCGACACAGACGGUAAAACAACAACAACAUGGCUGUCCGUGUUUCAAACCCCGACAGGUGGUGUCUCCGUAACAAAAAGCGAACUAGUUAGCAUUUCGCGCUAGCUAACGUUAAUGGUGGUGGGGGGGGUUUGAGUUGCUUGGCAAAGCUACAGUGUUUAGUCCUGGUACUGAAGUCUGUGGUGGGCCCCUUAGCUACUAGCUAGACAGUAUGUCCUGAGUUGGGAGUGUACGGAACAUGAAAUUGUCCUCGACAGUGCCAUACUGAUCCCCUUGGUAACGGGAUCAGAACCGUUUUCUUUCUACCUCGUCCGUGAUGACCGAGGUGGGAGUGAAGUGGGCCUGCGACUACUGCACCUAUGAGAACUGGCCGUCCGCUGUGAAGUGCACCAUGUGUCGUGCACAGUGCCCCAGCAGUCCCAUAAUCACAAAGGAGACCUACAAUAGCAGCCCCAGCAGUCUUAGUACGGAGCCUAGUUGUGGCUGGCAGGACCCUCCAAGCCCCGAGGGAAGCUGUGGUAGCCUCCUCAUCUACCCAGACUCCAGUGCCAGGCCCCGUGUCAAGCCCCCCAGCAUGGCUGAGAAUAGCUCCAAAUGGUCCUGUCAGAUGUGCACCUACUUGAACUGGCCCCGUGCCAUCCGCUGUACCCAGUGUCUGUGUCAGCGCCACCAGAGGACCCCAUGCAGCCCCACAGAGGCCCCCCAGACAUCAGGCUCCAAUGUGGGCCACCGCCCAGCCCCUCCCCCCAUGGACCCUUGUACAGAGGAGUACAACGACCGGAACAGACUCAACAGACUCAACACCCGAGGUGGUGGUGGUGGUGGCGGCAGUAGCAGUGGGCAGCACUGGACUUGCACGGCCUGUACUUACCAGAACUAUCCCAAGACCCGGAAGUGCAUUGUCUGCGACCACCCACAGCCUCAACCUAACAACCGGGAGGCUAUUCCUAUAGAGCUGGCUGGGCAGUCCGUGGAGUCUCCCUCCUCCACAUCCUCAAUCAUCAAUGAACAGGACAGAGACGGGGCCAGGUGGAGAGGGAGUGGGGGGAGCUGCAGUAGAGGGCUGAGCGGGGGACAGAGACAGGGACUGGGACAGAGGAUGACUUCUCCACCCACCUCUAAGAAGGAGGCGGAGGUAAAGAUGGACUUCCAGAGGAUUGAGCUGGCGGCCGGGGCGAUGGGCAGCGAAGAGGAGCAGCAUCGCCGCCCGGAGAACAUUGAUUUCAAGAAGACCAAACAGAUUAAGAACAGGAUGAGGAAAACUGACUGGCUGUUCCUUAAUGCUUGUGCAGGUGUGGUGGAGGGGAACAUGGCUGCUGUCGAGGCCUACAAGGAGUCCGGCGGUGACAUCGCCCGUCAGCUGACUUCAGACGAGGUCCGUCUCCUGAACCGUGCCACUGCCUUCAACGAUGGCUUUACGCUAGUUCACCUGGCCAUCCGCUUCCAGAGACAAGACAUGUUGGCUAUCCUUCUCACUGAGGUGUCCCAGCAGGCGGCUAAGUGUAUCCCUGCCAUGGUGUGUGGUGAGCUGACGGAACAGAUCCGCAGGGAGAUCGCUGCCUCUCUGCACCAACGUAAAGGAGACUUCAACUGUUACUUCCUCUCUGACCUGGUGACCUUCACACUGCCCGCAGACAUCGAAGACCUGCCCACUGCAGUCCAGGAGAAGCUGUUUGACGAGGUGUUAGAUCGAGAUGUACAGAAAGAGCUAGAGGAGGAGUCUCCCAUCAUCAACUGGUCCUUGGAGCUGGGUACCAGGCUGGACAGCAGACUGUAUGCCCUGUGGAACCGUACACAGGGAGACUGCCUGUUAGACUCAGUACUGCAGGCUACCUGGGGGAUAUAUGACAAGGACUCAGUCCUCCGCAAGACCCUCCAUGACAGCCUGCAUGACUGCUCUCACUGGUUCUACACACGGUGGAAGGAGUGGGAGUCGUGGUAUUCUCAGAGCUUUGGUCUCCACUUCUCCCUCCGAGAAGAACAGUGGCAGGAGGACUGGGCCUUCAUACUCUCUCUGGCCAGCCAGCCUGGUGCCAGCCUGGAACAGACUCACAUCUUUGUUCUAGCACACAUUCUUCGUCGACCAAUCAUCGUGUACGGAGUGAAGUAUUACAAGAGUUUCCGUGGAGAGACGUUAGGCUACACUCGUUUCCAAGGUGUGUACCUGCCCCUGUUGUGGGAGCAGAGCUUCUGUUGGAAGAGUCCCAUCGCCCUGGGUUACACACGCGGACACUUCUCUGCCCUGGUCGCCAUGGAGAACGACGGCUACGACAAUCGCGGCGCGGGCGCCAACCUCAACACUGACGAUGACGUCACCGUAACCUUCCUGCCGCUGGUGGACAGCGAGAGAAAACUGCUGCACGUACAUUUCCUGUCUGCACAAGAGAUGGGUAACGAGGAGCAGCAGGAGAAGUUGUUGAGGGAGUGGCUGGACUGCUGUGUAACGGAGGGAGGCAUGUUGGCCGCAAUGCAGAAGUCGUCCCGGCGACGCAACCACCCACUGGUCACACAAAUGGUGGAGAACUGGCUGGAUGGAUACCGACAGAUCUGUCCCUGCGCCUCUCUCUCCGACGGGGAGGAGGAGGAGGAGGAGGAGGAAGAUGAGUGAAGGAGGGAAGGACACAGUGACACAGACACAGGAGAGGGUGACCAAGAGGAGGAUGUGGCGUCACUGGAUGGGACUCGAGACCACUAGCAUCCUUCGUACGGUACCAUACGCCUCCUCACCUCAAGAGAGAGAGGAUCCACGGUCUUCUGCGCUGCCGUCUGAGGCUGUAUCCCAAAGCACAUAGGGUUCUGGUCAAAAAAGUAGUGCGCACUAUAUAGGAGAAUAGGUUGACAUUUGGAACGCGGGCGGAGCGAUCAAUGGUCUUUCACUCUGCCGUCUCAGAAGCACUGAAGAGAGGAGACCUGCUCUGGUUCUGAAAGAACUCUUGGAACACAUUCUAGAAUCUCCUCAACAAACCAUGGCAACAACAAUGGGUGCGUUCGUAAAUUCACUCUGGAGUGCGUUGUCAGUUCGUAAAUUCACUCUGGAGUGCGUUGUCAGUUCGUAAAUUCACUCUGGAGUGCGUUGUCAGUUCGGAAAUUCACUCUGGAGUGUGUUGUCAGUUCGUAAAUUCACUCUGGAGUGCGUUGUCAGUUCGUAAAUAAAGCUUGCUAGCUACUUCCAGACACAUAAUGAGAGAACACCUCACUCACUGACCAUUUUACUCCCCCAAGCAGAGCUGGUUAGGCUGUUUGCAUGUUAUCCAGAGCGUUGGUGACUGUAACUGUGCUGCUGGCAACAAUUGAAUUACGUUUUUCUUUUUACAGAGGUUUACUGACACCGGUCAUAUUCAACGGGUGUGUUGCGCGUUUAUAAAUGAAUCAGUUAUUCUCUCACACGGACGACAUUCUGUUCUGAAAUGGGAGUAGACAGCCAGAGGGACUUUACGAACGCACCCAAGGACAAACAACUACCACCAAGUAGCCACCCAUAUUAUUUCAAAUAAAGAACUAUAGUUUGUGAAAUGUUAAUCGUCUUUUAAAAUAUUUAGUUUGAGUUUGAGUUCUCCCCAUUUCCCCCAGUGUAAUUAUUUAUCCAUCAUUGUUAAUAAUGCACGAGUUGUAUAAAUGAUGUACUAGGAAACAAAGUAACUUACCAGCAUCAAAGUGGAAGACAGGAAUCCUCAUUGACUAUCACUACUACGGACAUCUACCUACGAAACCACAUUACUUACUAUUUUGUUAUUGAGAAUACUUGCCUGUUUUCAAUCCACCGGAGAGAAGUAAGCGCUAUAUUUAGGAAGCCGUAGUUAUAUUUAAAGAAACUUAAAAGGACGACGCACUCAUGAAAUUAAACUGUUCUAUUUAGAAGAUUGUAAAUGCGAACAGAAUUUAGCUUAAAGCUAAAGCAGAGCUAUUAAAGAGACUUCUCAUCCCACAAAUGUGUCUACAAGGUUAA